CCAAAAGCAACAAACCUUCGUUCUCACGUUAAUUCUACUUACGCCAAACCAAACCAUGAGCUAUAGGCUAUAGCUAGCACAUAGUUUUUUUGUGUGGAGAAGAUAUACAUACCAGACCAAACCAAAGCAGCAGAUCAACCAUGAAGUUCCUGUUGGAGUUGGGGUCGUGUUACCGUUCGUCGUCGUCGUCGAAGCAAACUCAAGAUCAUGAGAUGAUCAGAAGCCGUGUGAGAAGAUCGAAGUCUGCAGAGUCUGCUCAACAAUGGAGGCCAGCUCUUGUUGCAAUCUCAGAGGAUGGGGUUGCUUCUGGUCACGAGGUUAAGGCUCAGUCUGAGAAGAUAUCAUCCAAGAAAGGACGUAAGGCCAAGGCUCGAAGCCUCAGUUCCAUUAGUCACGACGAGCUCUCCGGGGGAAACAAUGUGUCUGUGUUCGUACCUGCAGCGUUUGCAGCAACCCCCUUCAUGUUCUGAUGAGUUUGCGGCAACCCCCUUCAUGAACAUAUACAGAGUCUGGAUCAGUUUUACUUUUACUGUUUUCUUUUGUUGUAAUUAUUAUGUAAGUUAAGAGGAUGGUAUUUUAUUUGGAAUUUUCAUGUACUGUGCAGAAUUUGAGAACUAGCUUAUACAGACUGAGAUUAACUCCUCUCC